AUGACAUAUAACAGAAAUCAACCAGGAAUGCUUAGCGAAAAUCCAAAAGAUUAUGAGGUUCCCCAACCACCAACGGAUGGAAUUUCAGGUUUAUCUUUCUGUCCAACUAACGAUUAUUUAGCGGUUAGCUCAUGGGAUAAUAAUGUUAGGAUCUAUGAAACAAAUCAACAAGUUGGAUCUGCGGUUGGUAAAUCUAUUUAUGCUCAUGAAAAACCCGCCUUAUGCGUAACGUGGAGUAAAGAUGGUCUCAAAGUUUUUUCAGGAGGAGCAGAUAAUGCUGGUCGUUGCUUUGAUAUAACCACAUCACAAACUAUACAAAUAGCAGCGCAUGAUCAGCCUAUUAAAUGUAUUAAAUAUGUUGAUCAAGUAAAUCUUGUAGCAACAGGAAGUUGGGAUAAAACGAUUAAGUACUGGGAUACACGAAGUCAAACGCCCGCCUUAACAGUAAAUCUUCCAGAAAGAUGUUAUGCAAUGGAUGUCAAUUAUCCAUUAUUGGUUGUUGGAACCGCUGAAAGACAAGUUCAAAUUUAUAAUCUAAAUAAUCCAAGUACUUCUUAUAAGACUACCCAAAGUCCUCUCAAAUGGCAAACACGUUGCAUCGCAUGUUUCACCAGUGGUAAUGGUUAUGCGAUAGGAAGUAUUGAAGGGAGAGUAGGAAUUCAAUACAUAGAAGAAAAAGAAAAUCAAACAAGUUUUUCAUUUAAAUGUCAUCGUGAAGGAAAUAAUGUUUUUUCUGUCAAUACAAUUUCUUUUCAUCCUAUUUAUGGUACCUUCUCAACUGCUGGUAGUGAUGGUACCUUUAACUUUUGGGAUAAAGAUUCUAAACAACGACUUAAAGGUUUUAAUUCUGUUGGUGCGCCAAUUUCAGCUACUGCAUUUAAUCGUAAUGGGACAAUCUUUGCAUACGCUGCUAGUUAUGAUUGGAGUAAAGGUUAUUUGCAAUAUGCAACUUCUACCAAAAAUGCAAUUUAUUUGCAUUCCGUAAAAGAAGAUGAUGUAAAACCUAAACCUGCAAAAAAACGUUAA